AUAAAUGGCGGCUGCGUCUCGUGACCAACGGUCAGUUGCACUGAUUACCGGCAACACAGCCGGUCGUAGUGCGAAAUUGUUUUGCUGUCGAACGUAAUAUUUCGAUUUAAACGCUGCUAACGCUACCACCUUUAUAGUAUUAUACAAUUCAAAGGCCGUAUCGUCUCGUGCAAACAGCAGAGAAACCGCUUGAGACGAUGAAGUCUUCCGGGCCGGACCGGCCAAAUGAGCAGCAAUCUCAUUACCGUCUACCUCUGCGACUGCAGGCCACCACCAUCCUAUUGCUGAUUCUGCAGUUUGUCUCUCCAACCUUGACCCUGAAGAGUGAAGCAUACCGUGAGAUUUUCACCGAUGACGCAGUAAUACUCGAAGCAUAUACUGUGGAUCAGGGACAUUCGACAGAUCGUGAUGUCGAUCACCACCAAGCUCCGGUUGUGAGUAACAGUGGCCCACAAACCUCCGACGAUAUCAGUACCGACAGGACGUCGAGGACAAAAAGACAGAGUUCGUGGGGGAUGGUAUCAGGCCCGUGUCUGACGGGCAGAGGCACGUUGGGCAAGUGCACGAGUUUUCGACAGUGCUAUCCACACAUCAAAAUGCCAAACUUUCAGUACUGGGACUCGUGGAUGAUGGGAAUGUACGAUACGUGUACGUACAUAAGUAUGGACCACAAACAGAUGUUUGGCGUGUGCUGCGAUCACCCGAGCUUCGUCGGAGAGAGUCAUAAAGAAGAAGGUAUAAGACCACCGCCGUCGAUGGUAAUGCCACCGAAUUGGCCACCACCGUUGCCAACGCACCCUCCAGACCACACUAUACCGCCAAUUCCUACUCAUCCUCCACACACGCCACCACCAAUGCAUUCGACCGAACCAACGCAUCCGACCAAGCCAACGCAUCCGACCAAGCCAACGCAUCCGACCAAGCCAACACAUCCGACCGAGCCGACGCAUCCGACCGAGCCAACGCAUCCGACCAAGCCAACGCCUGCGCAGCAUCCGACUAUUCCGCCAUGGCCGCCGUUCCAACAUCAAAACUUCACUACUAAUACUACCCCGCAAAAUAAACCUACCACCACACCGUCUUAUGUGGACGGCGAUAGCGGCAGCUUCGAUUAUCAGUGCGGUCUGAAAAACGGUCCACAAGAUCAAGAGAGGAUCGUCGGCGGUCAAAACGCGGAUCCCGGAGAAUGGCCGUGGAUCGUAGCUAUAUUCAACUCGGGCAGGCAUUUUUGCGGAGGAUCUCUAAUCGACGAUACACACGUAUUGACGGCGGCACAUUGCGUUGCUCACAUGAAUUCGUGGGACGUAGCUCGUUUGACAGCGAAUCUCGGAGACUACAAUAUCAAAAGUAAAACCGACGUGAAGCACAUGGAGAGAAAAAUCAAAAGGGUGGUUCGACAUAAAGGUUUCGAUCAAAGAACUCUGUACAACGAUAUCGCGCUCCUGACUCUGGACAAACCAGUGAACUUUGAUAAGCAAGUGCACCCGAUAUGUUUACCCACGAGCAGAUCUAUGUACGCGGGACAGACCGCCACGGUCAUCGGGUGGGGCAGCUUGAAAGAGAGUGGUCCACAACCGGCGAUUUUGCAGAAGGUCAACGUACCGGUGUGGACAAACCAAGAAUGCAAGUUCAAGUACGGAGCCGCGGCCCCGGGCGGGAUUGUUGACCACUUUUUGUGCGCUGGCAAAGCAGCAAGAGACUCUUGCAGUGGUGACAGCGGAGGUCCUCUGAUGCUCAACGACGGUAAAUGGACCCAAGUGGGUAUUGUUAGUUGGGGAAUAGGAUGCGGCAAAGGACAGUACCCGGGAGUAUACACCAGAGUUACGAGUUUCAUGAAUUGGAUUACAAGAAAUUUAAAAACGUAAAUUGAAAUAAGCGCAGUAUUGCUUAUACCGUUAAUAAUAAUUGUGUCUCGGUAAAUUAUUAUUGUAUUACAUAUUUAUAUUAUUUAAUUUUUGUACAUAUUAUUUAGAUUAGUAUAAAUAGUUUUAUUAUUUAUAAUCUUAUGUUCUUUAAACUUUUUGUAUUGUUCUCAAUUUAUUUUAUUUUAUAUAUUUUACUUGAAAAUUAAAUGAUACAUAAAUAUGAAC